AGCGCGUCUGCACGGAACCCUGUGUACAAACACUGCCCCGCGUUGAUUCCCCGAAGCAGCCUGGUACGCGCUGUGCGCGAAUACGAACCACGAUGAAUAGUAUCGCCACGAAUUUCGUCGUCAGUGCGGGUUCCGGACGCUAGAGAACGACAGUGUGUGCACGCUCAACCACAAUCGCACACGGCGCCGAAGUGAAGUGUCGGCAUGAGUGACGAUGAAGCCCCGUCCAAACAACCCCACAACUCGCGCCAGCAGAAACCCCAGGGGCUGCUUCAGAAAUUAACGCUCUUCCAAAUCCGGGGCACGUGGAAGCGUCACGCGCGGGACAAGAGCUCAAGGUUGUUCGAGUCCCUGCCUCGCCGUCUCGCCUUUCGUCUCAAGGACCUCGUCAGCGAUGAUGUGCUUCGAGCCGGCACGGUGUUCCUGGGUUUCCUGGCGGACGGGCAGUUCCUGCUGUCCUACACGCUGCACCUGGAAGACGACGCUGCCCUUGCACUGCCUUGUUACAAGUACAGGCUCCAGUGGUGGAUCUUCGUGCCCUACGGCCCGCUGGUCCAGGCUGGGGAGACGAUGCUUUUUGGCGACAACGGCAUCCACUCGGACCUGACGCUCGCCAUCUGCCAGUGGCCCACGGAUGCCUCCAAGAUCCUCAUUUACGGCUGGAGUCCCGCCGUGCCGCCCCAAGACAGCUGCCACUGCUACCUGACUCUGGCCGCCGUGCCACCGUUGCGCCCAUGUCCAGACUGUGCCCGGAUGCAGCUGCACGAGCGCCCCAAACAUCCCCAACGGGAGAGGCGGCCGUCGCUGGAAAGCCCUCCCCGCUGCCUGCGCCACAGCUUCACGGUGCACGCCAGCUUCCAGCUGGUCUCCCCCUGCCCCCCGUUUCUGCCCAGCGUCUGCAUGAGGCGCAAUCACGCGGUGCUCCUCAACACGGGCGACACGCUCGUGGUGCUGCGAGUGCGUGUCGAGGAGGAGCAUGCGCUACGAGUGGGCGACGUCGGCGGUGACGCCGAGCUUGGCGACUCGCCCGCUGCCGGCCCAGAAUCCGAGCCAAUGAAGUGCACUUCCCGGCACUGCCCCUCUGAGCCUGCCAAGAACAGCCGGGAGGCCGGCACGGGGCAGUGCGUCUCCCAGAUGGCGCACUUCUUUGCACCUGCAGCUGCCACGGCGCUGGACACCUCUACGGAAGAGGCUGGCGUGGGCUUGCUGUCCCUGGAGGUGCGGGGGCUGAACCACGAGCUGCUUAGGGAAGUUCAGCCAACUCAACGCACAAAUGGCCCGUUGCUGUCGGUGCACCAGAUGUGCCUGGACCUGGAGCAGUUGGCGGACGCCCUGGCCAAGAGGCUGUGCUCGGAACAGCGCUACGUCUACUUUGCCUUCGAAGACUACGACGCUCACGUGGUAGAGCUCUGUCCCGAGAACGGCACAACCACAAUCCUGCUCUCUCUGCUGGUUCAAGCUGCCGAGUCGAGCCGUGAGGCCACCGGGCCACAGCAAGGCAGCAGCAGGACCCUGUAUCGAGCGAGUGUCCUCUUCCAGUGGAACAUUGACACAGGACGAUACUGGGUUGCAAAGGUGCGGCCACUUCAGAAGCUGCUGCGGCCGUUUGACGACUCGGAAGGCUGGAAGGCAUCGAGGGAUCUGGUGCAUCGGCUCCAGUGCCACGCAUGGAAUCCAUGUCCCGCCGGUUGUGCCGUCACCGUCUUCACCAACAAACCUGUCCUACGAGGGACUUCUUUGAAGAUGCUUUGGGCACCAGGAUUCCAGAUGGCCAUCACACUGUAAUGGAAGCCAAGCCAAGCCCAGCCACAGCAAGAGGAGAAAUGGCCGUCCUGAUCGGGAACCACUACAACCUUGACUUUUCUCACAAACGUUUCAGACAACUUUUGUGGCAGUUUUGGGAGCUUGCCGAUCGAGUCUGCCGUGCUGUAACCACCAAAGAGACUGCAUUUGUUUUGUUUUUCUUAUUGGAUUCGGUGGUUUUAUUGCCCAAUCUGCAAGCUUAGGAUAUCGGCUUCACAGCUUCGCCACCAGGUGCUGUUAAACUGCGUUAUGGUUGCAAAUAAACGGCAGUCUACACAACCCAUGGCCGUUAGAGCUCUGUGGUCGAGCAUGGAGCUGCAAUGGCUCUGUAACGGCAACUACACAAAGCUGUCAGAAUGGGCACAGCCGUUUAUUUGCGACUGCAUUAAAGUCAAUCAACUCCCAAGUGGCCAAAACAUGAACUGCGACAGUAGGUUUAAAAAGUUUUCCAUUACUGACAAAUGAACCCACAGCUGAACGUGGGUUCUGCUUUUCAGCAGAAAAGUGUUUACCAAGAAAAAAUUUUGUUUUUGUUUGCUAUUUUUGUGCAUUUAUUUUUUGCAGCCACGGAUUUGUAACCAAGCACCAGACAUUUUUUUAGCUGGUUUCCUAUUUAUGUGUAAAAGUUGUCAUAAAACUAAUUACAAGUUUUCUUGCUUUUUUUUUUUUCUUACUGAUUUGUGCGAAAAAAUGUGUGCACAACCUGUGCAGUUGUGUGCCACAAGUUGUUUGUGCACAAGUUUCGUGCAGUCCGCGAACUGCGCACAAUUUCUGCAGCAGUGUACAAACACGUGUUCUUUGCACACUUUUUAAGGCUGCAUCAUUGAUGUUGCCCAUUUUAACAUACACAGUGACUGAAGUUUCUUUUUCACUUCAUCUUAGUUCCUCUAAAAUACUGUAAAACGCUGAGUGAGCUCUCCUCUUCCAAAAAUAUUUAAAUCACUAACUUUGAUGGUGCUUCGACUCUGCUAGCACAACCAAAGUCCAUGCGACACCGAAGCGAUCGCAAAGACGGAAUGCCCGUGUUGGCCGGCAGGCAACUGAUGAUAAACGUAUGAUCGUAUCGGGGAAAUCAGUAAAUUAUGUACGCUUAAACUUCUUUUCUUGAACUAUUGUUCAAAUGUGCCGAAUGGGAUUAUUUAUUUGCAGUAGUGGUUUUUAUUAGGGAAUCAAUAAUGUGCAGUGACUUGAUGGUUUACAAAUGUUGGUGGGUCAUUGCAGUGUGUGGAGGCCACAAAAGUUGCUAUCUGAAAAUGGAUUGGGGGAACGGAGAACACGAUUGGUUGUUGACACAGAACAAUAAAAUGAUGUCUGUUAUUCA